AUGUCGUUAGCCGGGAUGGCGACAAAAACGUUGGCUGAGUUCGAACAGCAAUAUUCGCUACAAACAGCUGAGGUGACUGCGACAAUCGCACGUCUACCAUCGCUACCAGCUUCUGAUAGACCAGCCAGCGUACAAUCUGUGCAGAAAGUACUAGCAGAGGUUGCUGAUCUUUUAGAACAAAUGGAACUCGCAGUGCGCGAUCUGGCUUCUGGAAGAGUUCGAAGCUACCGUAAUGACAAACGACUUUUGGAUGGAGAGCUUGAUAAGGCGAUUAAGCGUCUUAGAGAAUCGGCUAAUCGCGAGGAGUUGCUAGCCUAUGAUGAAGCAGUGGAAAUGGAUCAGCAGGAAUCUAAUACUGAACGUCUAGAAAGAUCUUCAAGAAAACUUCAAGAUGCUUAUCGCAUGGCUGUUGAAACUGAACAGGUUGGGCAUCAAUUGUUGAGUGUUUUGCCGGUGUUUUUCCUCUUUGUCUUUUGUCCCAUUUUGCCAGUAAUUUCGAGUUACAUGGAGCUUCAGAUUGGGGCAGAAGUGCUGGGCAACCUUUCUUCGCAAAGAGAGACUAUUGGUCGAGCACGGGACAGAAUGCGUGGAGCAGAUGUGGAGCUGGGUAAAAGUAAUCGACUAUUGAACACUAUGAUACGCAGGUAG